AUGGCAUACCCUUGGCAGGAUGGCACCGGCAUCCCGAGACCUCGACAUGCAUACACCUAUGUGCCACGUCCCAAUCAGCGUGGCUACCUCCAGUAUGCCGGACCUCUGCAAGGAAACCUUGCCGCACAGCAGGCAGGGUUGAACUACAACAAUAUGGGAUAUGGAGUUGGAUACGGUGCCGGUGUAGGUGGAUACUAUGGCGGAGUAGGUCCCUAUUACAACCGCUACCAACCAGCUUCCUACUACGGUGGUGGCUACGGUGGUUACGGUGGCUAUGGGGGCUACGGCGCAUGUGGCAACUAUGGAUACGCAAACUACAACAGGUAUGCUGACUAUUAUUCACCUUAUCAGUCCUACUACACACCUGCCACGGCCGCCGUAUAUCCAGGCAAUGCUGUUCAAUACUCAUACACUCCACCCAGUCCUGCUGCUGCAAUUCCUGUUGCUGCUGCCGCCGCUCCACAAUAUCACUAUGUCACCCCUGCAGCAACUCCACGACGUCUGCCGACGUACUACACCUCCAAGGACUACGAUGUCCGCCGCAUUGCCACCCGUCGAGGAGCAUAUGCUGCCCGUAGGAUCAAGCCUGCGGAUGCGCUGCCAGACGAUCCAUUCUGGUGCCGCGAGCGUGAUGGACAAUGGCACUUGAGAAACUACUACAUCAUCGAGCGUGAUUGUCAGCCCGGCCGCUGGCAGAUGGAUGCACAGAAAGGCUUCCUAGUCUUCCAUCGCGACUAG